GUUAACACUCGUCUUUUACGCGACGGAAUUCCUCCCCCUAAUUAUUACUACCAGUUUCAGCAGGAGACAUUUCGGCGUUAGUUAGCAAACCUUGGCAGACAAGGAAGUUAGACAGCGGACGAAUCGACGUCAGUUUUAGUGUUAAAUGCUACAGUUGACGCCAGUUAGCUUGUCAAAAUUUAGCUUCCAAGCUAUGUGCAGUAUCAACCAGCCAACUAACGCUAGGUUGCUAACAGUGGAAAAACUGGCUGGAGGCUCGCAAAGAUGGUCAGGGCUGGCGGUAUUUUGAAGUUAGCAGCAGUCAUCUUUGCAUUCCUCCUAGCUGUCUUACUGGCGUUUCAGCUGCUGGAGAUAAACGUGGAUUUUAGACUGGGCAGUGUGAUGUCCAGAUCUGUGCCUGUGAAUGAAGGCCCAACAAAGCCAGUCAGGCACAAGUGUGGGCUGUCCAAGUCAUGUCCAGGUGGGCACUUUGCCUUCAAGAUGGCGAGUGGAGCAGCCACAGUGGUUGGGCCCAAAAUCUGCCUGGAGGACAAAUUGCUAAUGAGCGGUGUGAAGAACAACGUGGGGAGAGGAAUCAACAUAGCCCUGGUUAAUGGGAGAACAGGGGACCUUAUCAAGACAGAUUCUUUUGAUAUGUGGGCAGGAGAUGUGGCUCCCUUGAUUAAAUUUCUGAAGGAAAUUGAGGAAGGGACAAUCGUAAUGAUGGCCUCAUAUGAUGAUUCCUCAACAAAACUCAACGAUGAAGCCAGGAGUCUAAUUGCUGAUCUGGGCAGCUCAGCUAUCACUAGUGUGGGCUUCAGAGAUAACUGGAUCUUUGUAGGAGGCAAAGGCAUCAAGACAAAGAGUCCAUUUGAGCAGCAUAUAAAGAACAACGCAGAAACCAACAAAUUUGAGGGAUGGCCCGACGUGUUGGAGAUGGAAGGCUGCGUGCCUCAGAGGCUGGACUGAUCUGAGUUCUUAUCAUUGCUGCCCAUUUCCUGUCUCUUCCGUCCAUCUGGUCCUCCCGACGUUUCUGUCCUCGUGUGAAUAUUUCAGUGGCUACUCUUCUUUGGCCUGAGUACGGUCAUUUGUGAGAUACCUACCGGAACCACAUUUCUCCAGAAGAUGUUAUCAGGAAGGAGGUGUUGGUGUGAGACAGGACAGUGAAGCUCUGACCUUCUCUCACUCUUCCUCUGUUUGGACACCUUUGCAUAGAUUCUUUCUGGGACUUGCAGUUGGAUUUAGCAGGUAGAGUGCACUGGUUAGAGGGGACUUGACCUUUGAUUACUGGAUUACUAUCACGCUUUCUAUCUCUAAGGGCCACGGACUGACCUGUGAUAGUGUUGCUUUAUUGCACUGUUGCUGAUGGAAAUUCAUGUAACUACCCAGAUUAUUAUUAUUAUUAUUAUUAUUCUUUUUUUUUUGGGGGGGGGGGUAAAGUUCCAGUUACAUGCCUUAAUCUCAUUAACCUAUUUACAUUUUUUGUACUUUCGGAUGACUUUGAUUCCUUUUUAUCUUUCCAGAGUUUAUUUUGAGGAAAAAAAUUAUUAAUGCAUUUCUGAAGAUGGUUUCUUUCAUGAUACAAUAACCAAAUGUACCACAUUCACUGUGAAUUUUGUAAAUAUACACUUAGAAGAAGCUCAAGAUUUGCAAAGUCAUAAUUUAAGGAACAUUGGAAUAAUAAUAAUAAUAUAAUUUCUUAAAAUAAAUAUGUGAGAAUGAGAAUAAAUGUGUGCUUUAAA